GUGCGACGACGGCGAGCACUUUACGUUCCACUUCUCUCUCUCUCUGCGCGUUGGCCUCUGCUUUCGACAACCUGCCUCUAUAGCCAUGCUUGCAAGCAUACGGCAUUCGGCGGCUAGGGUGUCGCUCCGUCGCACCGUCAACAUUCGUACGUUGGCCAGCAGUGCAGCCCCGGACGCAGCGAGGGAGGCCGGCCCCGACGCCAGCGAGGACCCCAUUUUCUCCGCUCUCGACACAACAGGGCCUCAGGCAGUCGCGAGCAGCUCCCAUCUCACUCCUAUAUCACAACCACCCAUUUCCACCGCGAACAUCCGCGUCCCGCCAGCCGAGGACCCACUCUUGCACCUCUUCACGUCCUUGGUCAUGAAGGAUGGCCGGCGGCACGAGGCUCUGCGCGCGACCUCCCAAAUGCUGCUGCACCUGCACGCGUUCACGCAGCAGGAGCCGCUACCGCUUCUGCGCGAGGCGGUCACGCGCGCGGCGCCGCUCCUGCGCUGCCAACAGUUCAAGCGUGCGGCGAAGCAGUUCGUGUUUCCGACGCCGUUGAACGAGCGCCAGCGCGCGCACAAGGCCCUGCAGUGGAUCCUCGAGGCGAGCAAGAAGAAGGGCGGGAAGAACAUGCCGGAGCGCGUGGCACGGGAGAUCAUCGGGGUGCUGAACGGGAAGAGCGUGGCUCUGGACCAAAAGGAGAUGGUGCACAAGCUGGCUGUGUUGCAUAGAGGGAAUGUCUUGCGGCCACCGAGAGUUUGAUUCACUCCAAGCCUGCGUCAAUAUCUGUACCCCUUUUCUAUAAUGCGACCCCUGGUGAACCUAUCACUCGUUUC